CCGCAGCCCAACGGCAUCCCCGACACGGACAACGUGCUGUUCUCCAGCCUGCUGGCCCGCCUGCGCGUCUACCGGCGCAUUGUCAGCGGGGCCGAGCUGUUGUGCGACAACUGCAGGAGCGCCAGUGAGUACUGGUGCCCGGAGUGCAAGGAGUUCCUGUGCACCAAGUGCUUUGAGACCCACCAGCGCUACGUCAAGAGGGAGAACCACGAGGCCAAGAGGGUGCAGGACAUCAGGGUGGGAUCGCCGCAGGAGUUCCUUGAGGGCACCAGGAGGGCCGGCAGCUCGUCCUGCUCCAUCCCGACCCACCUGAACCAGAGCCUAAGCAUCUACUGCAAGCAGUGCCGCAAGGCGGUGUGCUGCAUCUGCGCGCUGCUGGAUGCCACUCACAGCGGGCAGCACUGCGACGUCAGCAGGGAGGCCCAGCUGCGGCGGGACGAGCUGGUGGCGCUGGGGAAGGAGCUGGAGCAGCAGCGGGGCGGCUUUGAGGCGUUGCACGUGGUGCUGCUCGAGGAGGUGGUGCAGCUGGAGGCGGCGGGGCAGGGGGCGCGGGAGCUGGUGCAGCGGCGCGUGGAGGAGCUGGUGAGUCUGAUCCGGGACAAGGAGGAGGAGCUGCUGGCGCUGGUGGAGGAGCGGCAGAACCGGGGUCGGCGGGAGCUGGAGGGGGAGCUGCGGCGCGUGGAGGCCGUGCUGCGGCGGAUGGAGGCGGGCGAGCGGCUGGUGGAGAAGAUGGGCCUGUACGCCACGGAGCAGGAGGUGAUGGACAUGCAGCCCUUCGUCAAGGACGCGCUGGAGGAGCUGCGGCGGCAGCAGCCGGUGGCGGCCAGAGGGCUGGUGCUGCACGAGGAAUUUGCCGAGUGCCAUGCCAGGCUGCAGGUGCUGGCCGAGCGCAUCGAGGGGCUGCGAGAAGCUGCCCCUGCUCCAGCCACCAUGGAAAACUCCCACCAGGUCCCAUUGACCUCCACCCCUACCAAGAGGAAGAAAGACGAAGGCACCACCAUGGUGCCAUCCCCUGCAAAGGUGAUAAAGGUUGAGAAGGACGACGAUGAGAGGAGCACGCCAGAGGUGCCACCAGAACCAAACUGCUCGCCCCAACCCCACACCAGCUCCUCUGCACCCACCAUGCCUGUCAUCAGGGAAAGCCCCUUGCUGAACAGCAUUCGAGACAGCAGCGAUGAGAUGCAUGACUCAGAUAGCGACCUUCUCAACGUGGGCAGCGAUGAAGAGGACAGCAUAGAUGAGGAGUCGCUGGACCCCAGUCUGCUGGAUGAUUUCAGCAAUAUACUCGAGGACAGCACCAACAGAAACAACCCACACUUUCCCAUUUGCCUCCAGGACACACUGGAUGUGGGACAAGGAUACGUGGUCUUCUUUGACGUUAAGAUUUUGAAAAAUGAAGUCAUUCAGAUGGCAGUGGUUGAUAACGAGAGAAUACUCACAGCCCUCAUUCGGCCCACAGUAUGUUUGCCCAACUCGAUGGCCAAAACUAAUGGCUAUGAGGUGGGCCUGAGUGAUCUGCUUGGCCACCUCCGCACCAUCUACAGGCCCAUCCUGGCUGCCUUUGGUCUCUGGUCACUGCCCCUUCCUACCCUCCUGAAAACUCUGACUGACAUGGGCAAGAAAGAGGAGUUCUUCUCAGUGGUGUACCGCUUCCUGGAUGUUCUGCCCAUGAUAAAGGAGAAGGUCCCCGAGAUGAACAGCUGCAGGCUGAAGUGCUUGGCCAGAAACUUUCUGCAGCGGGACCUCAGCAACUGCAGCACCAUGGAGAGCGCCAGCGCCAUAAAAGACCUGUGUGAUGUUCUGGAGAUCGACCUGGAGAACGAACCCAGCCAGCUCCUCAAGCCUGCCAGCCUGGACGCCUUCAUGUCCCUGCAGCCCUUGCUGGAAAGAAGGCUGCUUAGCCGGCCCUCGGCCCAGACACUGGCUUCCCAUGGCAUUGGCCUCCCCAAGCUGCACGCCUGCUUCAUGCAGAACCCCAUCGGGGGCCUCCCCAGGAUGUGUGCCAUGGUCAAUGCCUGCCGGCAUCGCUUCGAGACGAGGGUCCGUCACCUCAGCAAGGUCAAGGCCUACUUCCAGCAGCAGCCACCGGCAGCCAGCAGCCAUGCCUCACCAUGAGACGAGUUGCUGGAGGCCACAAAGACCAAGCAAGACUGCUGAAAGGUAUUCCAUGCCAACCCCAAUCCAUUCCCCUGCUGGGGAUGCUACCCAAGUUUGAGGUAUGAACGCCCUGAGUGAGCACACAGGGUAGCGUUCUCCAAAUGCAAUGCUAGCCAGGGCAUCGCUUGAUGAAGCAAUGAGCUUAACUGUUCUUUCUGUGUACACAUGCAGAUGAAAUAAAUAAUUUCUUUGUUUUGUCACCUGCUGCAAA